AAUGUCUUUUUGCAAAUGCUAUGCGAUUUUUCGUGCUGUACUGCAUGCACGCCGUUAGAGAUCAAACAGUUCUGAGGUUUUCAGACGAUGGAAGCGCUUUCUUUCGUUUGAAGGAUCCGCUCGCUACAUCCGCAUUCGAUAAGGAAGUACAUGCUCUCGGCCCCAAGUUUCAUCUAUGCGUGUCUGAUGAGAGGAUGAAAAGUUGUAUGCCAUUGAGUGAUCUCUAUACAUCAACAUUUGACGAUUGGCAAUCUGGAAACGACUGCUCAUCGCUAGUUUACCAAAUUGCACAUCUUCCUGUAGCGGAAAUUACUAGACUGAUACUUGGAGAAAAGCUAUUUUUCGAGCUUGCUUCCGAGUUCCCUAUCUUUGUAGCCCAACUGAAUGAAUAUGCUAGAUCUUUGAAACAUUUUCAGUCAAGAGAGCGACACAGGCAAUGCAAAUAUGCAGUGACAAAAACAGAAAUAGAAGUGCUUCGCACAUCCGUAGUAAAGGUUUACGUGGAGAGAGUGUUGUUAGCUGCAUCUGACUGGUUUGCGUUUGAAAAGAAAGUUAGCCUACUUAAUUAUAUUGCAAAGUCUUUGCGCACAUGGGUCAGACACGAGAGAUUAUUCAAAGAAGCUAUGUAUGACAUGCCUUAUGAAGAAUAUCACUCGCUGCGAGUUUUUUCGGAGAAACAUGGAGCUCUUCAUCCACUUUCAGAAGAACUUCUCAAAGAGAUCUCGACAAGAUUUGAUCACUUUUUCCUUAUCUAUGCGAUUCAUGCUCUCAGAGAACAUACUGACGCUUUCGUAGAUGAGAAGGGUAUUGUGAAAUUUCGAUUUAAGGAACAAGAUUCUAACGCUUAUAGAACGGAUAUCUUAAUACCUGACGAAGAACUUCAGCACGAGUCUGUAUCCCCUAAUGAUUGGUCUCAUCAGCAUUCAAAACAUAGUGUCGAAAAUCUGGGUAAUUCGAUUUGGGUACCAUCUCAAGCCGAUGAAGCCAAUGUUCUUCCUUCAUUCAAGCUUGAAUCGGCGAAAUCACUGGAGAUUGUGGAAGCAGAAAACGAUAAUGAUGAAGAAUGGGAGAUGAAGCUGUUCGAAAGGGUAAGGCAGGAUCCGACUGUGCCGGCACAUUUCAAAACAACUUUUGGAAUUCUCGUGGCCAAUAACCGCAACUUAAGGGAAGAGAAAGCUUUUUUGCAAUCUCGACUAGGAUUGGGUUAGCACAGAGUUGUCAUUGUAGUUUUGUG